UUUUAAAGAAAGAACAAAAAGUAGCAAUCAACAAAUUAUUUCAAGAGAUCCUUCUUUACAUUUGGGAGAGAGAUGGAUUCUAAAAGAAUUUCAAAUGCUACCAUCUUUCUUGUCCUAAAUCUUGUGUUUUUUGCCUUUGUUAAUGUAUGCCACGCCUGCAACGAUCCAAAGCCAAAGCCGACUCCAAAGCCUUACCCUAACCCUACUCCAGUAGUGAAGAGCUGCCCUAGAGAUGCCCUAAAGCUUGGGGUGUGCACAAAGCUAUUGAACGGACCAGUCAGUGCACUCGUGGGGUCCUUACCAAACACUCAAUGCUGCUCGCUUCUCGAUGGGCUUAUCGACCUUGAAGCUGCGGUGUGUCUUUGCACAGCCAUCAAAGCCAAUGUUCUUGGUAUCAACAUUAACAUCCCUAUUUCUUUGAGCUUGCUUGUCAAUGUUUGUGGAAAGAAGGUUCCCUCUGAAUUCCAGUGUGCCUAAUUUCAAUUAAAGUCUAGCUUAUACUUUGUUUUUAAUCACUUUGUUAAUUUUCAUUUCAAGCAAUUGGUAUCAUUGUUGUAAUCUCUUAGGAGAUCAGAUGUGUGUUUUAAUUUCUUUUGUCUACCUUUUUGUGCUCUCUAUUUUUCAUAUUUCAGUUAUUUGAUAUGUUCUGAUUAAGGAUUAGUGAAUGCUUAAAAAUUUCAAGCACUUGAUCCUUACUUGUAAUUCAUGUAGUCAAUUGUCAGUGGAAAUUUAAAUUAAUAAAUGUGUGACUAAGGUUUAGUGUA